UGGCUUGAGUGGAGGAGUGGAGGCAAAGGAUUGGUUAGCAGAGGACGAGAAUUUGAUGAAGCUGUUGGAGAGUCAACACUGUAAACAGUGCAGUGUUGCAAAAAGCAGAGAGGCAGCUCGGAGAGGAAGACACCACUCCUGUCUGAGCGCCUGUGAAUGCAGGCGCUCGCCUGCACUGAAACCACACACGCUGCUCCCGGCAGCUUUUGUCUCUUUGCUUACGCUGAACAGUGGGGGCAAGUGUUCAGCCGGACAAGCAAGGGGGAAAGCUCGGGCUUGUUUUAGCUGGUGCCUUUGGUUUGAAGAAAGUUGGGCAGGAAGAAGGACUGGGGGCCGGGAGGCUGCCAGCACAAGCAGAUGAUGCCAAGUCCAGGAACAAGCUCUGAAAGUGCCUGAACCUGAGAGUCUUUGCAGACACCAGUGCUGAGAGCUGUGGGAGGAUGCUAAAACGGGGAGUUCUCGGGAGCUGUGCAGCACGGCAAGGCUAGGACAGAAGCUGCAGGGAGCUCUUUGGGAUCCUAUUCCUGUAAGGAAGAGAAAACAGAGAAACUCCAUCAAUUUGAAAGCCAAGCAAUAGCCCAGGGUCAGGGCAGGACCAAACUUCCAGCAGGUGCAUCUCUCCUAAUAUGCUAGCCAGGUGGCCCACAUAGCACCCCUGAUGCUGGCUGGUUAAGUGUUCUCUGCUGGCGCCUGGCUGAGGAAGACGCCCCAGGGACCCCCAUCCCGGGUCUGUGGCCACAGCAGAGAGAGCAGGACGGAGACAGCAACCCCCUUGGAGAAUGUCUGACCAGGAGAUCGAGGACUUUGAAGUGGACAAUCUGUCUGACACGUCCCGGAUGAUCCCGGGUCUCCCGCCUUACGACAUGGAUGACCAGCUGCUUCCCAUGGAGCCCCGUAGCGCCUGCUGCUGCUGGGCUUGGACCCUGAUGGUCGUCACCAUGAACUCUCUGGUCUUUCUCCUGAACUUGCUCCUGAUGGUCACCAUCUUCACCGUCGUGCUGCUGCCGACCAUCGUGGUGGUGUACUUUGGCUUCCAGUGCCACACCCGGGUGCUGCACUCCGACGCCUACUACUGCAAAACCAUCCUGGACGACAACAGUUCCUCCGCCCUCAUCAUCCUCGGCUUCGUCAUCAUGUCCCCACUCAUUGUGGUGGCCAUGGCCAUUUACUGCAGCCUGGCUCGGCACCUCCGCCUCUUUAUGUGCUUCCAGCCCUACUCCAGGGCCGUGUACAAGGGGGUGAAGUGGCGGUGGUACGAGGAGGGCGGGCUCUGCGGCUGCGCCAGGGAGUGGAACACCCAAGUGAAGGCCUGGGUCUGAGCCCACCGCACCGGUGCCCCCGUCCUGCCCGACGCACCAACCACCCCUGCCACGCACCCAAAGUCACCACCUGGAGCCCUCAUAGGCGGAGGCUCUCGGCUUGCCGAAAGGCCAGAACAUAGGCAGCUCCAUAGUAACCCCUUCCCUGUAGCUGCGUCUACACCUGGAAGCAUUAGCAGGGCUCUUCCUGUGGUGGUGGAAAAGCACAAAGGAGAGGCUCUCCUUACACGGGGCCAGUCGCAUCUGAAGUGAUCCUGAAGAGCCAGGGCUUGCUUGACAGCAAGCAGAAAUGGGGAUUCUCCAUCCAGUGAGGCAGAUGGGCAUGGCCAGACCCUGUGGCUUCUGCUGGGGUGGCCUGUUUUGCCUAGCGCUGGGUCCCUCUGAGCCUUGAUCUGGACUGAGCUGUGGUGGGAAGGGCUGCUGACUGCACUGCAGGCCUUGGAGAAAGCAAACGGGGCCCCCAGGUAAGACCCAGCCAGUCAGGAGGAGUCCAUCGAGGCUUCCCCACCCUAGACCCCCCUGUGGCUGCCAAGCCUCUGGUCCCCUCCCAAGGUACCUGUGAAUCUGCGCCUAUAUGACACCCAGGAGCUACUACAUUGCUGCACACUCAAUGUCUGCCCUGCUUUGCCAAGCCGCUUCCUUCGCUGUCUGUCAUGGUGAAUACAUCCCUUUUAGUCUUAACAGGGGCCAAGUGGCUUGAGGUGUUAAUCCCAGGCUGGGGGGUCUUCCCCGCCACGGGCGUGCUACCAAGCCUGAUGUGUUGGUGGUGACUAUUGCAAGUUGACAGCUGCUUGAUGGUCUGUUGGAGGAUGAGGUUUGCCCCUGCAUGCUGCUGUGGCACUGGCCCUCUCCGAUCUGCAAUAUUCUCAGUCUGUGCCAACUGGCCGCAGAGACGGCACUGCCCCGUGCAGAGCACGCCGGCAUGGACAGUUGCCUUGCUGAGAUCCAUGACACCUGCAGGCACGUGGGUGUGCUUCAUCUCCAGAGCUCUCCGGCUUGCACCUUGCACCUGAGGAAGCUUCUUCUGAAAGGGGCCAUGCAUUUGCAUUGAGCGAUACAACCUGACUCUCCUUCCCGCACCUGACAUGGUAGGACAUGCAAAGGGCCCAAUGCCCAGGUAAAGCCAAUGAGACUCUUGGAGCCUUUGUAGACUUCAGCAGUGUCACUCAGUCCCCAGAUGUAGUGAGCACAUGUUUGUGUGCACACAUGCGUGUGUGUGGGGGGGAAGCAUGUCAGCUUGGUGCAUAAUUCUCUAUUCUCUGACCCACCCCGGGCACCAGGGCGCUCAAGUCACUGGGCUGGGAGGGUCCUUCUAUGCUGCGUGACGUUGCUCACUGGAAGCCAUGUAUUCCCAGUCGCUGUUGUUCUUCUGUCUGUCAAACGUGACCCUGUCAAGUGCUGAUGUAUAAAUAAAGCUCACAUUGGGGUCCUGCCCGCAGGCCUCUCUUCAUGCUGUCUGAGCAGCAACUAUACAGAUAGUUUCUGUGCGGUGCCCAUUGUAACGUGACUGGGCCGUCGAGGCCCCUUGUUGUAUAUUAAACAAGAAUUUGUGUGUUUUC